AUGGCAGAGAGUACAAAUCAAUCGGCGGCAGAAAAAAGUGUGCGCCCCAAGUCAUCUAAGGCAUGGGAGCAUUUUACAUUAAAUGCAGCAAAGAAGAUCGUUACCUGCAAGUUAUGCAAAGCUGAGCUUGUGUGGCAUGGAAGUACCACAGUGAUGCACGAACACAUGAAGAGGAAACACGUUGGUGUCACGGAUGAAGGUGAAACAGCACGAAAGAAACAGCUCACCAUGAGUGAAUUUGUUCAGAGGAGAAAUCCCCCAUGCACUCCUCAACAAGCAGCCAUUGUAACAGAUGCCAUACUUAGUAUGUUGGUAACUGACAUGCGGCCAAUGGCAAUGGUGGAAGAUGAAGGAUUCAAAAAAAUGGUCAGCAUACUCAACCCAGGAUACAUUCUUCCCUCAAGGACCCACUUCACAAAAUUAAUGGAGAGGAAGUACCAGGAGGCAUUCCAAAAAAUUAAGAGUGCUAUAAACACCACCAACAGCAGAAUGGCUUUAACUACUGAUAUAUGGACAAGUGUUGCCACUGAAGCUUACCUUGGCAUUACAUGCCAUUACAUUGGGAAUGACUGGAAGAUGACAUCUGUCUGCCUUACCACCAUGCCACUCGAAGACAGACAUACCUCAACCAACAUUGCAGAGUGGUUGGAAGAAGUAGCAGUCAAGUUUGAAAUCCCUUUUGAGAACAUUUGUGCCAUUGUACAUGACAAUGGUGCGAACGUUGUGGCUGCUGCAAAAUUACUGGAGGAGAAACAUGGGUGGACCAGUAUACGCUGCACUGGCCACACCUUGCAGUUGGUGAUUAAUGCUGCAUUAAAGAACACAGUCAUUCAAAGAGCUGUUGGAGCUGCAAGAUGUCUUGUCGAGCAUUUCAAAAAAAAAGGCAAACGCUAUCUUGACUUGAAACCAGACCAGUGGAGUCUGCUUGAAGAGCUUUCCACUGCUCUUAAGCCGUUUGAAUGUGCCACUGUCUUUAUGAGUGGGCCGGAAUAUAUAACAGUCUCUUCGUUGCCUCCACUUGUGAAAGGGCUCUUGAAGUCCACUGAAGGUGCUGCCUACGAUACAGCUUCAGUGAAGUCCUUCCAAGUCACAGCAGUUGAGCAGCUUCAAAACAGAUGGAAGGAAACACUCUUUGAUCAGGUAGAUAAUCCUGUGAUUCUCUCCUCUGCUCUGGACCCAAGGUUCAGAAAACUGAAAUUUCUGUCACCUGAGCAAAUUAUAACAGUUCAAGCUAAACUGCAAACUGAAGCACUUGCAGCAAGAAGGGAGAUGGUGCAGCAGCAGCAAAUUACCACCUCAACCAUAAGAACCGCAGCUGAACCUUCAACAUCUUUGAUUGACUCACUCCUUGAGUCUGGAGACAGCAGUGAGGAAGAGAGCAGAGAGGAGAAAGCUGAGGAGGACCACUACACUCAAAUAAGAAAUUAA